AUGGCUGCCGGCAGUACAGGGCGCAUCCGGCUGGUGCCAGUCAAGCUGGAGCAAUCAAGUACCUCGGUUGCCGAGCUGCCCGCCAAGACGGCUCUGGCAGUGCACGCGCUGCAGGUGGUUCAGGAAGCCGAUGAGCGGGUGAAGCAAGCCCAAGAAGACUUGAGGGCGGCGGCAGUCCGAAAUACGAGCGGCACGCUUGAGCUGAGGAUGCAAGCUCAUGCCAUGGCCCUUGAAGCGCAGCGCGCUGCCAAUACUCACUUGCAGGAGUGCCUUGUGCUUGAUGAGGCAUCAAAGGAAGAGCCGCCACACGACGCAGAUCACUUCGAUGCCCUGGCCCCAGAUAUCCCAGACUGGAAAUUGCAGCCACGCCCGGACCAUUUCAUACCCGCGCCACGGAGGAGCUGCAAGACAGAGCCACCGGCUUCCCAAGCUGCAGUUCCACAUGCCGGAUGGGUACGAAGAUCGUACCGGAAGCCACGUUUCAACAGAUUCACAUCCGCAGAGCAGAACAUGUGCAAGAAGGAGCCAUCUACACAAGGACGGGACAGUCCUGCUACACACAAAUCGUUGGAAUAUGGUGUCAUACCAGCGCAGCACAAGACGGAGUUGCCGGCAUCAUGGAGAGGCUCGGUUGGAGAAGUGUUGGCAGAUCGUAAUCGUUUCUCACGGGGGUUGCACCCAACAUGCAAGCCAGAGCUGUCAGCAGAAUCCAUGCCGGGCAGGAAGUGCAAGAUGGAGGUCUCAACAGCUUGGAGACCAGCUCCAGGUGCAGACAAAUUCUCCCUUAAAGAGGUCGCAGACAUGGAACGGCCGGCCAAGUACAGGAAGUUACCCUAUGGCAGGGUGGAGCAGGAGCGGCUCACGGCACAGCAAGUCAAGAUCUUGCGUAGGGCACAAACCUGCUGCGAUUGGGAUCCGUCUCGCUAUUCCCCCGAGCGUGUCAUGAGCAAGUGGGGACACUUGUUGCAGUUUCUUCUGCCAGAGGACCUUUGUUUCUGCCACAGCCAGAUUUCAUGGCAGUUCCGCAGCCCUCCACAUUGCGGGCAGCCUUUGACCAAGUUGCUGGAGGACCUACUUUCAGAGAAGGUCUUCCCCCUGGACAUAACGCCGUUAGUGGGCGUCGAGGAUGAGGGCAAGAUAUGGGUCGUUUGCGGGAACCGUCGGCUCUACGUGCUGCGAAAGUAUUCUCAGAAGGUUCGGAAUGCCAACGGCGAGAUAUUCAUCCCCAUUUACGUUCACAACAAAUCUUCAUCAGACCAUUUGCCAGCCUCUUUGUUCGCCAAGUAUGUUGAAGCAUCUUCGACCAGGACGGGUGGAGAUUGGCCGUCCUUCCAUUCCAAUCGGAGUCCGUGGGACUGCAACAAGACAGAUCUCAAUAAUUCCUGGAGCACGUAG